GACGACAGCAUUCAUGUGCACAUCCUCUGCAUGACCUCAGUCCACUCAACAGAUCCAUGCCCGAUGCUUCCUCUUUCCCGCUAGAUGAGAAGCGGCGGCAUCAAUUCGUGCCUGCGCAAGCCAUUCGCAAGAUUGGACAGACGACGAGGACGAUGACGACGCAGCGCAUCACCGCGCAUCCCAUCGCGCUGCCUCAGAAGAGUCACAACACCUAGACCUCGAGGAACUUGAAAUCGAAGAACCCGACACAACUGCCGAACCACUCGUCAUUCGCACGUAUCGCAAAAUCCACGCUGGUGUACACCGCGUCGAUGUCGCACUUGGCAAGUACAUCCCUUCAACUGUCCUCCAAUACAUCUAUGGGGCCAUGUUGGGAACCCUUGUCCUUGCUGGUGUCUUCUUCUUUGGUGGAUCCAUGCCACGACUCAAGGUACCAAAACGGUAUGAAGAAGGUUCCCUGCGCGAAUACAUCAAGAAGCAAGUCUCUGCCGAGCGCAUUGCUGAGUAUGCAAGCAAGAUGGAACCCAUGCAGGGAGCGUCCCCGUUCGUUGCUGAACCGGAAGCCUUAGCGAAAUGGAUCCAAAGCGAACUCGCCACCUUCAAGAUGGGCAGAACGGCCCUGGCGGACCAGUAUGUGCUACAAGCAACAGGCAAACAGUCUUGGACAUUCAAUGAACAAGUCAAGACAAUACCUGCAGAAGCGUUGGUGGCACAUGGUCAUACAGGGUCAGCAGAAGGUCCCUGCAUCUUUGUUGGUACGGCGAGACCAGAUGAUUUCCAGCUUCUUGCUUCUCAAUACAUCCAGUUGGAAGGUAGUAUAGCCCUGCUUCAACGGAAUCGAAGUGAAAUACUGGCAAUACAGCUCGCACGAACAGCCAAAGCAGGCGUAUCCGGCAUUCUUGUCUAUGAUGCGCGGCAUACAGGCGAUGAUGCGCUGAAUGUAUCAAUAUCGCCAGCUACUGCAGAAGGCGGCGAUGCAGCUUUACCUUGGGUUCAACCUGGAGAUCCACUCACGCCUGGUCAAGCGGCAGACAAGCAAUCUAAAGUUCUAGAGCGGGAGCAGGCGCCUGGCCUGCUCAAUCUUCCAGUCUUUUCAAUAUCGGCCGAUGAAGCAGAGACGCUUCACGAGGCGAUACGGAGUCAGGGUCUGGAUGUCUCUUCUUCGUGGCCUUCCAUUCGUGCCACAGGACCCUUAUGGACGGGCAAUAUCACUUCGCCACCAGUACAACUAAACAGUCAACUUGUACAACAACCCAAAGAACCUCUCUACAGUGCACUCUCUGAAAUUGACGGAAGCGAGUCUGAGCAGACGCUGAUUGUGGGGACAUCCAUGCGGAUCGCCAAUGCAGCCGUAUUGCUUGAAGUCGCUCGUGUCUUUGCCUCACUCAGCGCAGAACACAGUUGGAUGCCAAGACGCAACUUGGUCUUUGCCUUUUGGGCGGGCUCAGAGAUAAACUUCUUGGGAAGCACGGAAUGGGUUGAGGCUCAAACAAAGUCGUUGCGCUUCACGGGGGUUGCCUACCUGAAUUUGGAUCAUGUUAUGUCCAAUACGGGUGAGUUCGAUAUCGCAGCGCAUACUUCCCUGCAUGAAGGCAUUUCCACUGCCCUCAACCAUCUCGAUGGCUCGAAAACGUCCAUCAAGGAACCUGAAAUGUUUACUGAUGCGAUUGCCUUUUCUGCUCGUGCAGGCAUACCGAGCAUUGAACUCGGUUACAACGACAUGCACAUCUCUCAAGCUUGCAGAAGCUCCAGGGAAUGUAUUGAGCGCGUGGACCCAGGGUCCUUGAAUCAAGCCAGGCUCGCAAAACUCGUUGCCUUGCUCGUGCUUGAAUUCGUGGAUGAGUAUUUCCUGCCUGUGGAUGUACGCCAGGUGGUCACCUCUGUUGAAAAUGCAGCGCAGCGACUCGCUCAUGCAACAGACUUGACUGUUGAUCGCGACUUGGCCAAGGUCUUCCAAAUCCUGGAAGAACGGACUACCGCUUUUACGCAAUUCAAAAAAGAUUGGGAUCUCGCUCUCAUUGAACUCAACUUGCCUGAAUCACCAGCCGCUGCAGUGGGCAGGAGUAAUUGGAACUAUGCUGUUGUUGCAUUUCAACGCGCACUCAUUCGAAAUGCGCGCUGGACCGUCUGGUUUGAGAAUAGUCUUUAUGGGCCGAGUGCAAAAUUGGAGCGUCAGGGUGAGAGCUGGGCUCUACCACGCGUACAAGAUGCAUUGUAUGAUGGGGAUAUUGCAAAAGCGCAAGGACUCUUACAAAUGGUUGGUGAGUUGCUUCUAGAAGCUGCCAAGACACUAGAUGGAUGAAUACAAUCGUCUUGACGGGUUCAAAGUAGCCGGCCAGUGAAAGCCUGUUGGAGAGCAUGCCAAGCGUUGAAGAUCGUGGAAGCUUGCUUGCUGGCGAGCGCUGAGCCUCAAGGUCAGGCAUAGGCAC